CGUCUGCACAAGCAUAAAGCCAGGAACAAAUCAUAGAAUGUCCUAUCUCUCCACCUGCUGAUCGGGUCAGAUCAGGCAAUAUCCCCAGACAAGAAACAAAAAACAAAAAAGGAGCUGGUCUCACGCUCACCGUUAUUCUUUUGUUGCGCCCAUCUACGUUGGACUUUCGAGCCAUAGCAGUAAUAGCAUUUCAAGAUGGCCUUGAAUCUCGAAAAGCAGCUUCUAUUUUAUGGAGCCUAUCACAAUAACCCAGUCAAUGUUGCGAUACACAUCACAUGCGUGCCGAUACUUUUGUUCACAGGAAUUGCUCUGGCGUCGAACACACCGGCUUUCGUGAACCUGCCCGAUGCGCUGCAGAUCCAAAACCUUCCUCCUAAUCUCGGAACGAUCGCAGCCAUCAUAUACUCCACGUUUUACAUCCUCCUCGAACCUGUUGCAGGGGCACUGGUCGCUCCCCUUAUACUUGCCGGUGCGGCCUGGGCGAACCAUCUACUGGCUACGUAUGGCAACAGCGUCAACUACUGGUUUGCUGGAAUCCAUGUAGUGUCCUGGCUGGCUCAGUUUGUCGGCCAUGGUGCCUUUGAGCGCAGAGCUCCGGCCUUGCUGGACAACCUCGUCCAGGCACUUCUUCUGGCACCCCUCUUCGUCUGGAUGGAAGUGCUCUUUUUCUUCGGCUACCGUCCGGAGCUGAAGGCCAGAUACGAUCAGAAUGUGGAAAAGCAGAUUGCAGCUUUCAAGGCGCAGAAGGGCAAGACUGCCAAAUAAGUGCUGCUGUAAAGCUAUAUGGUAGGAUGACCCGAUCUCUAUUUUUACAUGGGAGUUGCAUGGCUAGUAGCGGUGAUUUUGCUGCGAGUUAUGUUGCCAUGUCAAUGAUUCGAAUUGAGAGCAUUGCUCUUCCUUAGCAUUAGUUUUUGGUACCUCUUGGAGUUUUUGAGAUUGAUGUUUGCAGAGUGCAAUGUCUGUCAACGCUACAGUAAUAUUAUCAUACUACGUCGGUAUUUGAAUUUAAUCAUUGAUGAAGAGCGAAAUAUCCCAAGGGAAGUGAAUAAACCAAUGUUGAUGCAGGCUUGACAUUCAAGC